UGUCAGGACGUCUGUGCGUUUUCUUGACGGUCUGCUUUUUGCAAGAGCUUGCGGCAUCAAGUGAAGUCUUAAUGCAUAAUGCCUUAAAUAAAUGAAAAUUAGGCUCCAGAAGCAUAUAAAGAAAAUCAACAAAUACUCGCUAGUCACUGUUAUAACAGAGCAACGCCGUAGAUAAACUGCUAAAUCAUUAACUCCGAAUUACGGUUGCGAAACCUUUAAACAAGAUAUUUAAUUAGUUCAAGGCAGGGCUCAUAUUUUGCAGCACGCACAGGAUUGCAGUUACGUAGCUUACAGAGUAGCCCAUCAUCGUUGUUACGUGGGAACAGCGAGGCAAGUCGGAGCAACACCAGUAUGGCCGCCUUGCGUGCAGCCAAGCAAGCUUUGAGAAAAGAAAUAAAGAAACGAGUUGCAGCGCUUGGAAAUGAGGAGAAACUUCGCCAAUCGCGUAUCGUUACACAAAAGCUACUGAAGCAUCCCAAGUAUGAGCAGUGUCAGAGAAUAGCAGUGUUCCUCAGCAUGAACGAUGAGGUGCACACCGAGGACAUCAUCGAGGACAUGUUCAGGAGGGGUAAAGACUGCUUCAUCCCCCGUUACUUCUCCAGUGGCAGUCACAUGGACAUGCUGAGGCUGGCCUCAGUCCAGGACAUACAGUCUCUGCCGCUCACGUCCUGGAACAUCCGUCAGCCCGGGGAUGAGGAGGACAGAGAGGAGGCUCUGGCCACAGCAGGAGGCCUGGAGCUGAUCCUGAUGCCUGGACUGGGAUUCGACAAGAGCGGGAAUCGGCUGGGCCGCGGCAAAGGCUUCUACGACACCUACCUGGAGCGCUGCACGAGGCAUGCCAAAGGCAAGCCCUACACUAUCGGCCUGGCCUUCAAGGAGCAGGUCUGCCAGAAGGUCCCCGUGGAUGAGAAGGACAUCCUCAUCGAUGAAGUCCUGUAUGAGGACAUGUAGACGGAUCAAUGGGACGUCAGAUGUGCCCUCUGAUGGGUCUGUACUCCGUUAAAGGCCUGACCCGUUUCAUCAAGUGCCUUUUUAAGACUCGGGUAGUCAUUAUUUUGUCUAGAUUUGUUCCAUUCUGCUUGGUGCCAGCAAUGGCAUUAUGCAGUCCAUUUUCUGCUCUUCGAGACUACCCAACCUUUAUUGUGCAAGCAUCCAAAAACAUUGACUUAAAUUAACUUAUGCUGUUCGUACUUGCUGCAGUGCAAAUAUUGGUCUCUUUAUUUGCUGACUGCCUUAAAUAGAGUCUAGCACUGAUAUACCAGAGAUGUGUAUUUCACUGCUGAUUCAUUCAGUCCUGUGAAAAUCUAAUGUAAUUCUUUAUUAAGAUAUAGCAAAAAGUUCCUGUGUGUAGUAGCUAUACAAGUAUUUAAUUUGUGUGUGAUAUUAUCACCCCCUGUGAAUGGAUUAAACACCUAAGAAAAUAAAGAAGCAGCUAAAAAAAAGCCGAUGUGACACUCAA